UGGUUACGUUGCACACUAGUUUGCUUUAAACCUUUGGACAUUUCGUGAAUCGAGCGACAUCCGGAAAUUGUGUGCGUUGCAGUAAGCUUUGACACCUCUGAAGGCACCGCGUCAAUUUCGUGAAAUUUGGUACUGACUUCGUCGCCAUGCAAGGACUACCAUACAUGCUGGGACCAGAAUGUUUGGCCACGCUCUACAGUGACAGUGCCAUAAAGUUAAUCGAGAGACACUUCAAAUUGGUGACUUUAAAAGAUGUGAUGGGAAACGACGACUUGGCCCAAAAGAUCGAGGCCAUCGGCAUUUUCUACUGGGAGCCGCGGGUCACCAAGGACCUCCUGGAGAGUCUGCCGAAGCUCAAGACGGUGGCGAGCGCCGGGGUCGGGGUGGAUCAUCUGGAUCUGCCUCUCCUGUGGAGCCACGGAGUCUCCGUGUCCUACACUCCCGACGUCGUCAGCGCCCCUACCGCCGACAUGGGCAUGGCGCUCCUGCUCGCCUCUGCCAGGAAUCUGGUGGAUGGUGUCUCCCUUACAAAGUCACAAAUGUUUACGGCCAAGGACCGGAGCUUUGUUGGAGUGGACGUCGAUGGUGCUACCCUGGGCAUCUUGGGCAUGGGCCGCGUUGGCCGUUUGGUGGCAGAGAGGGCCCGCGGUUUCCGCAUGGACAUCCUGUACCACAACCGCACAAGGAGACCAUUGGAUGAGGAGACAGGCCUGGGCGCCGUCUACUGCCAGAAGCUUGAGGAGCUCCUGGGGAAGUGUGACUUCCUCAUGGUCACAGUCACCCUGAAUGCAGAGUCCAUCAAAAUGAUCGGGAGAAGAGAACUCAAGUUAAUGAAGACUAAUGCUACCAUCAUCAAUGUCGCCAGAGGCAAAGUGAUAGACCAAGAGGCUUUGGUGGAGGCCCUGCAGAACAAGUGGAUCAGAGCAGCAGCUUUGGAUGUCACUGACCCCGAGCCACUACCCAGGGACCAUCCCCUGCUGCAGCUCCCCAACGUCAUCGUCACCCCGCACCUGGGCGUUGACACGGAGGGGGCGAGACGCGCCAUCGUCGAGGCGGUGGUUGAGAACGCACUGGCGGGCGUGCAGGACCGUCCCAUCCCCUGCGAGCUCUCCCCUCGUCGCGCCUGAGACGCGUGCCUCUUCAUCGUCAGCGGAAGCCGGCGGCGCGCGCCGCAAUGGGGGAUUUCGUAUCAGGAGGUAAAGGUGCAGCCCCGGCAAUUGCUGGCUCAUGUCACCGCUAGCGAAAGGGCCUCCACUAAAGGGAGCUCAAAAGGGCGUAUUGUUGGCCUACUCUUCCACGCUGGCCAGACGUCAUGCAAGAGGUGGUAGUUACCCACACUUUACCCCACCACAAGAAACAUUUCCUAAUUAUGUUAAAGUUGAAAAGUGUUAAGUCCAGGGAUUAACUUCAGUCGGGUCUGUUCCGGUCGACGAACCCAGGAAACACUUCUACAACCAGCACACCACAUCCAGUAUAUAUCUCGAUGCAGGGCUUUGGCUACUCGUCGUGUGCCAUCUCCUGGUCUACCAGCGAUCAAGACGAAAUUCAGUGAGAAAUGAAGCUCUGGUUAAGUAUAUUUCAUACGAGGCAGCGGGUGUUGCUGAUGAUUUGGCACAUGCAUAUUGCACAAAGUGUUUAUUGUAAUCGCCGGCUGAACGUUGCUGUGCACAGAGACUGACUCCAAUUAUUUCAUGUUUUAUUUUAAUGCUACCCAAUUUUUCAGAACUGUUACAUUUAAUAACAAUUGCCUUUGAUUCAACUCACCAUUAAUUGUUUACAGCUGAUAUGUAAAAGAGUACAAAUGAUUUUAAUGUGACGGCGUGUUACGAAAACAUAAAAUCAUAACCUUUAAUUCAAAAAGUUAUUUGAUAAAGCGGAACUGUGUGCACAAUAAAAUAUCCGGUAAAUUGCAAACGCUGUUGGCACUUGACUGCAAAUUACCAACACAGUCUGAUUGACGCAGACGAUGAAAGGGAGAGAAAAUGUUGAACACUGCCCUAUUGGAUCAUGGUAUCGUUUACGAUGUGACAUUUGAAUAAAAACAAUGAGCAUGCGUUUUAACUUUGAAACUUCGAAGUUAAACGCAGCACCGUGGUAUAUCACUGCUAGAUGAAGGCUCACCCA